AUGUUAUCCAACAGUCUCCUAGCAGUCACGGCAAUUGCCGCAUCAGCGACUCUUGGCUCAGCUCGUGUCUUCGAGAUGAACAACUACGCCUGGUCGCACGAUGCGGGCUGCGCCAGAAUCGAGAACAAGUGCGACUUUCCCGUCACCAUCCACUCAGUCGGCAAGGCCAUCGAGGGACCAUUCACGCUGGAUUGUGGCGACGUCUACUCGGAGACGUUCCGAAAGGACCCCGUGGCUGGCGGUAUCGCCAUCAAGAUCACUAAGCACAAGAACGAUCUCUUCAAGGCUGGCAAGCCUCAGACGAUUUUUGCCUACAAUCUGGAUGGAAAUGAGGUCUGGUACGACCUGAGCAACGUCUUUGGUUGCCCGUUCGAGGGCUGCAAGCUCGUGGAGAGGAGCGAGAAGGAGAGCUGCCCGAAGAUCGUCUUCCCCGAUGGAGUUAACCCGGGCGGCAGCAACGUCAAGGUGUGCACUGCUAAGAAGGACGUUGAGCUCACGCUGUGCGCAUAA